AUGGAGAAGUGUCUCAUGUCCUUGCCAUGGCUCAUGUGCAAUGAAGGGAAAGUUCGAAUUUCCCAGGAGCUCUCAGAGGGUGAAAAACAUGGCACUACCCACAGAAAAACCACAGUGAAGAAAUGCUUGGACAACUUUGGCAUCUCCUGCAAUGAAGACGAGGUGCCCCAUAUUGCAAUCCUGGGUUCAGGUGGUGGUUUGCGUGCAAUGAUAGCCCUGCAGGGAACCUUGGGGGAGCUGCAAAACCAUGGCCUGUUGGAUUCUGUCAUGUACCUGUGUGGAGUGUCUGGGUCCACCUGGUGUAUGUCUUCUUUGUACAAACAACCGGAUUGGUCAGAUAAAUUGUUAAGCUUGGAGGAAAGAAUGUGUGAAAUGCUCCUCUCCAAAUGGAGCUUUUCAAAUGCAAAGAUGAUGUUGGAAGAGGCAUCCAAGGAAAAAAACUACUCCCUCACUGAUUUCUGGUCCUACAUAGUAGUGCAUUGGAUGUUGCAUGAGCUGGAUAAAGGGAGUUUGUCUGACCAGAGGGCUGCUUCUGAAAAUGGGAAAAACCCCUACCCCAUAUAUGCAGCUGUGGAUGAGAAAUCUUUUAGCAAAUUAGCUGAAAACUCUGCAGACACCUGGUUUGAAUUCACACCCCAUGAAGCCAGUUUUCUUGGCCACAGAGCCUCUGUAGACAUCAAAUACUUUGGAAGUGAGUUCGAGGGUGGGGUGGUAAAGACAAAGAAACAAGAAAUGAACAUGAGUUACUACCGAGGUUUAUGGGGAAGUUGCAUUGGUAGCAAAGAGGAAAACAUAAAAUUUAUAAAAGAGAUGCUCAGUCCUUACCUCACAGAACUAUCCGGGUCACCUUCUACACAUCAUGAAGGUCAAUAUAAUACUCAAGCAUUCUUUCCAACAGAAUCAAUAAUGAAUAUCUCCAGGAUUAUACACAAAACCAAUAAAUGCCUCUUACGCUGGAAAUGGGGAAGCAUCAAUAACUUCCUAUAUAAAUUCUCUGGUAUUAACUCUGCUGAACUGAUGGAGGAUAAAAUCAUCUCUUUGAUUGAUGCUGGAGUAGCCAUAAACUGUGCUUACCCUCUCAUUCUUCGUCCAGAGAGAAAAGUGAAGUUAAUCCUAUCCUUUGACUACAGCUCUGGAGAUCCUUUUAAGACACUCAAGCAAGCUGUGGAAUACUGCAGACAAAACAGCAUCCCAUUUCCUGAGGUAGAUGAGAAACUGCUCCGGGAAGAGAAUAACCCCUCUGAUGUCUACAUCUUUAGAGGGGAGAAUGCCCCCACUGUCAUGCACUUCCCCCUCUUCAACAAAGUGAACGUUCCAGGCCAUGUCACAGACUCAAGAUCUGAAUUCAAAUCUGUUCGCUGUACGUACAAUAAGGAAGAUUUCAGCAAAUUGCUUCAGGCUGCCAAAUUAAAUGUAUCAAACAACAAAGACAACAUCUUAAAGGAGAUAAGACACAUCAUGGAUUCCUCUAAUAGGAAGAAUUUAUAUUCUCUGUAAUUCUCUACAGGAAAUCUUUGUACAGCUACAAAUUUCACUUGUGAUACUAGAUAUCAUACGUGACAUCUGGAGUUAAAUACUAGCUUUUGUGGUUCCACUGGACUACAAAAUAUUAAAGGAAAUUAUAUUGCAACUUAUAUGUCAUCAGGAAAUAAGUAGAAAGAAGAUACAUGUGUGUGCAGUCAUUUAUCUCACUUACAGGCAAGCAUUCACAAUCAAUAACCUAGAAGAUGUGGUUGCACAUAGAUACUCAAAGAGGUUCUGCUCAUUAGCAAUGUAGAUACUCUUGAAAAUUUAGCAAUAUAUUAAUUAUGCUAGUGAUAAACCUGAGAUUACUCUCUCAAAAGUAACGCCUUUCUUUUCUAAAAGUUUCUGAGACGAUGUUCUAGACUGCUGCUCAUAACAACCUUUGUUUUUAUGAAUUUUCUUGUUCGUUCGUACCUCAGUGUUCUUUGACUGUCUCUAACAACAUACUGCAAAUAUUUUUGCACAUUUAAUCCAUAAAGCCCAUGCCAUUGUUUCCAUUGUACAUUGUGGGUGCAUCUACAGGAGGUGCUAUGUCACCGUAGCAACAAGCUACAGCAACAUAGCUUGUCACUAAAGAAAUAUAGUAUUGGCAUGCAUAAACCCUGAUGCCAAUACGACAUCACUGUAGUUCAUCGCUCUGGUGACAUACCAUCUAAAACUACCAGUGUGCCACUGGGACUGCGUAGUAGCAGUAGGUGCUGCGCAAUGAUUUACAAUACUGCAGUCAGGAGCACAUGUAGAUGCACCCUGUAUUACUGAAUCACAGAAUAACCUGCCGUAGCGCAUGUACCUAAUGUAAGAGCCAAGGUGAUUUCCCCUAGUUCUUAAAACAGUACAGGGACUAUGAGAAAUGGAGGUUAGAGAAGUAAGAAAAAAUAGUUUGUUCAGGAUAAUCAGGAGAGUAGGAUUAUUAUAUAGAAUGACUUUGAUAAACAGGAUAAGUCAUCUGAAAUUAAUCAAAUGAAAUUCAUUAGGUUCAAGUGCAAAGUCGCGGAAAACUUGUAUGCACAAAUACAAUAAUUUGCCAGAUUGUAUUUGAUUCAUUACAGAAAGAGAGCUGGGUAUUGUAGCAGACCAUAAGCUCAAUAGGAGCCUGGCACAUUGGUUUGUACUCAGAGGGGUGUCACUUCCAAGUUGGGGAAAAGUAUUUCUUCAGCCCUGGCAUGACUUCACCCAGAGUGCCGUGUCGAAGUUUUUGGGCACCACACUUUUAGAAAUAUGUGGACAAAUUGAAAAUAAUCCAAUAGUGUGCAACAUGAAAAUGAGUCGUCUAAGAAACAUAACUUAUGAGGAAAGGCUAAAAGAGCUAGAAUGAUUUAGUCUGGAGAAGAGAAAACCAAAGGGUGAUUUGACCAGUCAAUGUCCUGCCCCUGCAAGGACAAGAAAUAAUUUGUUAAAAUACACUCAGACUAUCCAUGGAAGUGGAUCCCUUACCCCACUACAGAGGAAGGCAAAACCCGCCAUAGACCAUCCAAAUUAGACCAUGGGAUAAAAUUACCUGCUUAUCUUAAAUGUGGCAGAGGAGCAAGACCUUUAGGCAGGAACUGCUGAGUUUUCUAAGUUCCAACAGGAGCAUCAGCACACCACAGUGAAAAUCCCCAAAUUUGCCUGUAUAAAUCUGUGUGUUAAAUUUGAAUCUUUUUAGCUUGCAUUAUAGUAGCUUUAGUGAUUUUUGCCUGCAUCAAUUUAAGUUAGGCCAAAUUAGCAUAAAUGAGCCUAAAGGAAGUCAUAUAAAAGGAAGGGAAUUAUAGGUGACAGAACAUUCUAGGAAAGGCUAGCUUCAUUACAUCUUGAUUUGUGAAGGUCAACAUAAUAUGCAACAAAAACAUCAUUUUUUUGAACAUGUGUCUCAUUCUGAACAAGUAAUGUUGUAGGGCUCUACUAGAAAAUGGGGAUCAGAGGUAGCUCAGGAUUCUGAGAUGUGUUCCUCUGGCAUCCUUUGCUGAGGUUCCCAUCCACAGACCUAAUGAAGCUACAAUGCCAUUUAGAAUUUAGUCUGUGAAUUUAGGCCAGAUCUCUCUAACAAGCCAACUACCAUUUAGAAAUUCUUAGCAUGUUAAGAUCUAGUGAUUCUAAAUUGAAAGGCUGAUUAUUUCCACUUGAAUAGUACAAAUAUAUAGAUAAAUAUUGUGUUAAUCAUUAUUAGAUCUCAAUGUUCCUAAUUUUAGAAGUUCAAUAAAAUCUGCUUUUUCAUUUGCUGAA